AUGGCGCUCUCACGUACUAGCAGCCUUGCCAGCCACGGAAUGCGCCUGUUGGCGCAGAGAGAAGGGCGCCAACUCUCCAGCAUCUCCUCUCUCCUCCCAUUGACGAUCGUUACACACACAAUCCGGCCCUCUCACACCCCCUCAUCCGUCCGUCCAUUCAACAACUCCGCGCCUCUCCUCAAAAAGCGCAAAAUCGCCGGCGCAAGCAACAGCCCCUCCUCGCGAGACGCAGACUCAGCCGCUCCCUCACCCUCAUCAUCAUCCUCCCCCAGCUCCUCCUCCAAGGCCGACCACGGACAGCCCAACCCCGAAGACCCCCUCGACUUCUCCUCCCUCACCGCCGCAUACGUCUCCAUCGACGCCCACUUCAAGACCCAGCUCCAGGCCGUCCUGCACGGCGGCCGCUUCAACCCCGACGCCCUCGGCGCCCUCUCCGUCGCCAUCAAGGACGACGAUGGCUCCAAGGUUACUUUCCCCCUGCGCGAGCUCGCCCAGAUCGUGCCUCGCUCCGGACGCAUCAUCUCUCUCCUCGUCAAUGAGCGCGAGUAUCUCAAGCCCAUCAUGUCCGCCGUCCAGGCCAGCAAGGACUUCAACCAGCAGCCCCAGCGCUCCGAUGACAACGAGCUCGAGCUCCUCCUCAAGGUCGAGAUGGAGCGCAAGGAGGACCUCGUGCGUCGUGUAAAGGACGCUUGUCAAGGCUGGAGGGAUCGCGUGCGCCAGGCUCGCACUAAGCAUGAGAAGGCGCUCAAGGACUGGAAGAAGAACGGUACUGUGCUGCCCGACGUGGUGCGCAAGGCGGACAAGGAGCUGCAGAAGCUGCAGGACAAGAAGAUGAAGGAGAUUGAUGGCGAAGAGGCGCAGGUGAUUAAGCAGAUUGAUCGCAGGUAG